GAAGCUGGCCGGCGAAGAAGAAACAAAAGCGCCGCGAAAAGCCGAACGUCGCGGUCGCUCUCUUCCUCCCCGCGAUCACACUUGUUUCAGUCGCGGAGACGCACGCACGCACGCACGCACGCACGCACGCACGCACGCACACACGCUUCGCCAAACCGCCAAAUUGCCGCUCGCCGUCGUGUCCUCCAGAGGCAGUCUCUCACCGCGAUCCCCCUGAAAAUCACCGGAAAGUUUGUCGGCGCCUCCGCAGCAGAGACCAUGGCCCCCACGAAGCGGCCCCGCGAGAACGCCACGAGGAACCGCGACAAGACUAGGCGUCGCAAGCGCGCGCAGGAGGUCCGGCCGCUCUUCAAGUUCAUGGGCCAGUUGUGCGGCGAGGAGUGCGAGCAGGACCUGACGCCGGUGUCCGAGAGCGCCGGCCGGGGCUCCGCGCGCCGAGACAACGGCAGCAGGCGCCGCGAGAUGCUGGACGACGCGGAGAUGGACGGGAUCGCGGAGGAGCUGAGCGACGAGGAGUACGACGAGCCGCGCAACCCGGCGCCGGCCAGGUCGGGCCGCCUCGCCAAGGCCAAGCUCAGGAAGUCGGGCCAGGGGGGCCAGGCUAGCGAGAUGCCGCUCAAGAUCGGCGUGCAGAAGGCCAUGCGCUACAUCUGCGAGGCCCUGGCCUUCGGCCUGCAGUCGGGCUACCUGACGCCCAGGGACAGCAAGGGCAAGCUGCUGCGCGUGUCCUCGGAGCUCUUCCAGACCCCGGAGCCGGCUCGCGGUCGCGCUCCGCCGCGGAACGGCCCCGAGGGCAGCGAGGCCAGGGCCGAUCGCCGGCAGAACCGCAGGCAGCGCCGCCCGGAGCCGAGCGACUCGCAGGCCGACGGCAAGCCCGACGACGAGGGCGCGGCGGUCGGCGCGGCGGUCGGCGAGCGCGGGCAGCAGCGCUCGAGGAAGCAGCGCAGCAGGUCCGGCAGCAGGCACAAGCGGCGCUCCGGCAAGAGCCGCAGCAGGAGCCGCAGCAAGCGCAGGCACGGCAGGAAGCGCUCGGGCCGCAGCCACUCCGAGAAGCCGGAGGCGGAGCUCCGCGCCAAGCAGAUCAAGCCCGAGCAGGAGCCCGAGCAGGACGAGAUGGACGAGAACGGCAAGGAGUCGUCGGGCGGGCGCAACGAGGACGACAACGAGGACGGCAAGAGCGCCAAGUCGACCCUCAACUCCGACAGCCAGAACAGCAACGAGGAGAAGAAGCGCGCCGACGAGGACGGCGCAUCCGACGAGGACGAGGACGAGGACGAGGACGGGAGCGAGAAGAAUAAGUGACUCCCGAAAUUCCCCGUGCUCCGAUGCUGCCCAGCCGCAAAUUACGUGCGUCCGUGAAGCCUGUUUGUUCGUGCGACAGUGACUUGUACCUCAUUUUGUGAAUACACCUUUGCUUCGUAA